ACAUUGACGAAUUUCCUUUGCGCGUAUUUGGACGGAUGGAUCGCAUGGACGGCCCUGGAACUGGAGCCGGACUGCAUGAUUGAGAAAAAGUCGGCGGCCACACCACACCACACCACCUUGUGUCUCUAUCAUUUCCCCUUUUUGGCAUUGUUUGUUAUAAACUUGGCUCUUGACUGGCCGCUCUUUCUUUCCCUGUUUUUUGGUUUUUAGUAUUAAUGUGUAUGAGAGCAGUGUCUUUCGCUGCGGAGGAAAGAAGAGGGGACUGGAGGAAUGGAGGAAGGUCUGGAGAUGGGCAAGAUGGGAGGAAGAAAGAGAGGGAGGAAAGGGAUGGGAUCGAUGAAGAGGGGAAAAUGAGGAGCAGUGGGUGUAAGGAGGACUGGGAGGACUGAGGGGACGGCCGAGUGAAUCUCUGGCAUAGGGGACGGGG